AUGGCGGGACAAGCCGUUUGCUACAGUAAGUGUCGUCGUACCGCAAUUGCUGUUGCUGAUUGUGCAAGAGAAUGCCUGGUGAGCUCAUCGCACGACAAGGCUGAGGAGGCGAAUUUGCAUAUGAAGCGUGGCCUUGAUCAAAAUGCCGAGAAAGGUAUGCUUUCCAAUUUGCCAUUGACGCGCUCUCACGUUGACAUGAUCCCCAAGUUCAUCACCCAAGAGGUCAAGGACCAGAACCGUGAAAGUCAGCGGCGAUCACGAGCACGGCGCCUCGAACUCAUCAACGACCUCAAGAACCAGGUGCAGGAAUACCAGCGGCGAGGCGCAUCUGCCUCUCUGGAGAUGCAGAGACUCGCCCAAGCAGUGACCCACGAGAACCAGCGAUUACGAAGCCUCCUCAGCGAGCGUGGCGUCUCCCAGGAGGAGGUCCAGCGUUACUUGUCCGCCUCUUCAGCUCCGCAGUUCAAGUUGUCUGAUGCCUUGUACCCGUAUGAACCGGGCUCCUUGAGAUGCGAGGCAUGCGGCAGCACGUCUAUCCUUCGAGAGGCGCAACCGGCUAUCAUAACAGGAAGACAAUCGGACAGUUACCACAGCUCACCACAGCCCAUUUCCAACGGCCUCAA